GAGACUCUCCAAGCGACCUGACAUCACAAGUUGUGCCGGAUCAUUCCGGUAGCCCGCUUCAGACUUGGCUUGGAAGUGAAGCUGAAUCCAGUAAUUUCCUUUGCUGUGUUACCUGUUCUGUGCUUAGGUUCCUGAUGCAGAGAGCUGAACAAAGAGUAUGGGCGACCAAGAAAAACACGACACGAAUGUAGUGACCUAUGAUGAUGUGCGUGUUGACUUCACCCGGGAAGAGUGGGCUUUGCUGGAUCCUUCCCAGAAGAGUCUCUACAAUGAUGUGAUGCUGGAGACCUGUAGGAACCUCACUGCUAUAGGCUACAAAUGGGAAGAUCAUAAUAUUGAAGAACAUUGUCAAAGUUCAAGCAGACAUGAAAGGCUCAAAAGAAGCCAUACUGAAGAUAAAUCUGAAACUACUCAAUGUGUUAAAACCUUUGCAUAUCAUAAUCAUCUUCAAAGGUAUGAAAAAAUCUGUACUGGAGAGAAACCCUUUGAAUGUAAUCAAUGUGGUAAAGUCUUUACACAUCAGAGUAUUCUCAAAAAUCAUAACAGAUCACACACUGGAAAGAAACCCUAUGGAUGUAAUCAAUGUGGGAAAGCCUUUGCGUUUCACAGUCAUCUUCGAAUGCAUACAAGAACACAUACUGGAGAGAAGCCCUAUGAAUGCAACCAAUGUGAUAAAGCCUUUUCAUGUCACAGUCACCUGAAAAAACAUGAAAGAACCCAUACUGGAAAAAAACCCUAUGAAUGUGAUCAUUGUGGGAAAGCCUUUUCAAAACAUUAUCAUCUCCAAAGGCAUAAAAGAACACAUACUGGAGAGAAACCUUAUGAAUGUAAUCAAUGUGGGAAAGCCUUUGCAUGUCAAAGCAGUCUUCUAUUGCAUCAAAGAACCCAUACUGGAGAGAAGCCCUAUGAAUGUAAUCAAUGUGGGAAAGCCUUUGCAGUUAACUGUAGUCUCCAAAAUCAUAAAAGAACACAUACUGGAGAGAAACCAUAUGAGUGCAAACAGUGUGGUAAAGGCUUUGCGCAGAAAAGUCAUCUUCUAAGGCAUAGUAGGACACAUACUGGAGAGAAACCCUAUGAAUGUAAUCAUUGUGAGAAAGCCUUUUCACAACAGUAUCACCUCCAAAGACAUAAAAGAAUGCAUACUGGAGAGAAACCUUAUGAAUGUAAUCAAUGUGGUAAAGCCUUUGCAAGUAACUGUAGUCUUAUAGUACAUAAAAGAACACAUACUGCAGAGAAACCCUAUGAAUGUAAACAAUGUGGUAAAGCCUUUAGACAAAAGAGUCAACUCAACUGUCAUAAAGGAACACAUGCUGGAGAGAACCCCAACAAAUGUAAUCAAUAUGAGAAAGUCUUUUCACAACAGAAUCAUUUCCAAAUACAUAGAAGAAAACAAAUAGGAGGAAAAAGUCUAUGAAGUAAUCAAUGUUGUAAAGCCUUUAUAUGUCUUUGUAGUCUUUGCAUCAUGGGAAAAAAAUCAUACUUCAGAGAAUUCCUAUAAAUGUAGUCAAGGUUUUGCAUCUCAUUAUAUCUUUUAUACAAGAUUUAAACUUUCAGUGUGCAAUCAUUCUGUUAAAGCCCGUGCCUAUCAAAAUAGUCUUUGAAGACCUAAAAAAAAAAAAAAAAAAAAAACCAUACAGAAGAGAAUUUAGCUAUAAAGGAUUUGGUAAGAUCUUUAGCCAACACAUUUAUGUUUCACAAGUGUAUUUAUUCUGAAGAAAAAAAUCUGACCAUAUCAUUAAUCUGUUCAAAAAGUAUAAUGCCCAUCUUUAUUUUGUUUGUACCUGCAAACUCAUGGAAAAAGCCCUAUGAAUUUAAAUGAUAUAAUAACUCUUUUAGAUUUUAUGCAUCUCUUCAAUGACAUGAAAUAACAUUCAGGUGUAAAAGUUUAUGGAUAUUUGUGCUUUUUCUGUUGUUGUGAUAAAACAUUAUGUUUAUGUCAACUCAUGAAAGAGUUUAAUUUGACUCUUGAUUCCAGAGGGAUACCAUGAAAGUGAUAUGGCAACAGGUGUCAGACAUGGCAGCUAAAGCAGGAGACAAAGAUCUCACAUCCUCAACCUGUAGCAUGAAGCAGAGAGUGGGAAUACGAAAUAGUUUUUAGAUAUAAAUUAUGAAAGCAUAUCCUAAUGACAUAUUUCCUUCAAGAGGGCAGCAUGUUCUGAAUCUUCUCAAAUGAUGUUGCCAACUGAAGAUUGAUUUUUCUGACUUCAAGCCUACAUGCUUGCGUGCUGAACCAAUGCAUGAUGAAGUCAAAGUAUGUAAGAUGCCCUCAACACCUGUGUGAUAGGAAUGCAUACUUAUCAGAGAAAUUUCUUCAUGAGUGAAAAUUUGUUUAAAGAUUUUAUUUAAUUUUAAUUAUGCAUGUUAGUAUGUAUUUGUGUAUGUAUGUGAAUGUGCAUUCUGGCUCCCAAGAAGGUUAGACCCUUGAAUCUUCUUGUAGCAGGAAUUAUAGGAAGAUGUAAAAGACCUGACCUUGUUUCUGGGAAUGAAAUUUUCUUCACUGUUCAGCCAUGUCUCUAGCCUCUCUAUGUAAACUUGAAAUCAGGAAAUAGUGAAGAAUUCAUACAAGAGAAAGACCAUAUUCAUGUAAAUGAUUGGAUAAAAACUUUAGUUAUCAUAGUUGCCAUCAGUUUCAAAGAGGAAAAAAAAAUCUUUUUCAUUGUAACCUGGAAGAACGUAAUUACUACCAUGUUCCCUCAAGACUGAUGGUGGAAAUAACUACAUUGUGGUCUCUAUUUUGCAACAUUUGAAGUCGAUAUUAAAAUAUGCUAUAUAUGGCAAAUCCACUUGCUAAAUUUUAUUUUGAUGUCCUUAUAUUUAUUCUGUGACUUUGCUCUUCCUCCAUUGUGCUUCUCCUUAAUGAUAGUUAUUUUUCUGCUGUAAUGUAUUAAAUGGGAUAUCAAUCACCAAAUCAGGCAGUUUGUGAUCAUAAUUUGCAAAUAAAUGUGUCUGUG